GUGGUUUUGUGCACUGCAGGCUUAGUGUUAGUGUUUCAAAUUAAGACAUUUAGUUACUUGGCUACAACGCAUUCGCAUCAGGUCAUAAUCUCUCUCAGAAAUUACCAGAUAUACACGAAGCUUCUCGUGAUGACAGGAAUUAAGGAUUCUAUUUAAGACAAGUUUAGCAUCUUUAUAAAAAACAAACAAACUCUCUCAGGCUGGACUCCAAGACCAGAUGUUCCACAGAAGGAGUAACUUAUGGCCAGAUGUUAGAGGACCUUCUUCUCAGUAUCAGCCACUAACCGCUACUUCACUUAGACGUCAAGAAGAUCUAUCAGGCGUAGGGGACGACAAGAGCUCCCGCUAUUUCACCACGCUCUGUGGUUUCCAAGCAGCCUUUUAUUACUGCAUUCUUCUUUCCAUUUUGGAACUUUCCUUCUGGUGUAAUUUUAAAGAAAAGUCAGCAUAUGGUGGCUAAUCACUGAAGAAUGACUUAGUGCGAAACGUAAAGAGGUCUUACUGUACUUUCGAGUGGGUGGAGGGUCUGUUGAAAUGCUUGGCUGACUUAAACUUUGGCGUAAGGGUAAAUGGGAUUUGUCUGAUUUUCAGGGAUUCAUUUCUGCAGCUGCGUUUGAAAGCUUGCGUUUGAAAGCUUGAAUCUGCUUUUUGAAUUAUGUUGUGGGUGUUGUAAAUGAUCAUUAAUGUACAGUAAUUACAAUGCUAUUAAUGUUGAUAACCUGUUGAUCUUGUACAACCCAUUGUUUGUUCAUGCGGCAAGUCAAUUGUUGAGAAGGUUAGUGGCAUCAUAUUAAGUCGUCAGAGAUGCAUUGAUGCUUUUCAACUGAACACAAAUCAGACACUUCAAACUUAAGAGCACUUGAGAUUCAAUGUCAACACAGAAUUCCUAAGCAUUAAAGCUUCUUUUUACUUGCAAAGAUAACAUUAAUGCUCAAAAGCGUAUGGCAAUAAAAAACUUUCUUUUAUUCCCUCUCUCGCUAUACCAGGACCACUGUCUGUUUUUAUGCUUUCCAUUGGUCAUUGUAAUAAGGCUCUAUGGGAUAGCGGAGGAAUUUGGCCAUGCCUGUUGCCAUACGUAAGAGGGACUGGGAGGACCACGUGACCCUGCGGUCAGGAAUACAGUACAGUUAUGAUGACCUGGAUUUGGUCUGCUGCCAUGGAGUCUUUGGGGACCGAAAGAACCCUUUCAGACGGCACGGUAGGGUCAGAUGUGCCUCAAUGCCUGAAUGUGGUCAUCACCAGAACCAGACUUUAGCCUUCCUUCCAGAUGACUUGGAAUAUAGUAAGAGAAGGAUUAAAACAAAAAUGCGUAAUUUGGAAGAUGGAACUCCAUAUCAUUUUUUGAAGGACAAAACGGUGAUGCGUGAGGGAGGUACUGGCAACACACCAGAUGAGAUGGCCAGGCAUAUGAGUGACCGGGAUAGCGAGCUACCUUCAGACAGUGUGGCAGAUCAAGAUGAAUCGAAACAUUUUUCUCUGAGAAAUUUGCAAUCUCACGAUGAAGAUCAUUGUAUUAAGGAGCUAAACAAGGAUAAAGUAUCUGCUUUCCAAGGACAGACACUUUUUGCACUUCCGACCACAGCACUGGUCCAAAUAGGGGAAGCGAGUGAUUUAUCAAAUGUGUCAAAGACUAAGAGCAAUAGCUUCUUUAACAACUCAGUCCAAGUGGAUUGUUCGGAACAAACUUCUCCAAAAAGUGAAACUUGUAUGGAAUUACUUGAAAAUGCAGAAUUGAUGGUAAACGUCACUGCGGAAAGACAAAAGUUAUUAUGUGAUCAUAUGACUGUUACAAGCUCAAUGACAGACAUAAUUAGUCAACGUCCCACGUCUGAUUUACAGAAUAUUGUGCAAGGACAAUUUUGUGAAAAUAAUUUGGAAAUAGUAACGAGUGGCAAAGAUAAAUGCCCAAACCCAGACCAAACCAUGGUCACAAACUUUGCUACUGUAAAUUUACCAUUAACCCUUCAAAUGGCCGAUUCACACAUUCCAGAAAAAAGCUCAGAUACUAAUGAAGAAACCUUGGUGUGCAAACAUCUUGCUAUAAUGCAGCAUAUACAAGAUAAUCAGGACCAGGGUGAUGGUCUGUUUGAGGGUUCAGGUCAAAAGAGAUUUAAGGAUGGUAGUUUAACUUCUCCCGAUGAGUCAGAUGGAAAAAUUUACAUGGAAAUGGAAAUGUGGCAUGACUGCUCCUCAAAACUUCAAACCAUUCACGAGGGGUCUACACCAGAUUCUGGAGAUGAUGUUACUGCUCUUGUUACAGCGGAAAUGCCAGGAUGUCUAACAUGUGGCGAGUUGGAAGGUCAUAGUAAUGAAUACCGAAUGAUAAAUGAAACUCUUGCUAGUAGUGAUGGGAUCAAGACAGAGUCUGACACAAAGAGAGGAGAAUGUCAACAUGGAGAACAACAAACAAAACCAAAUUCAGCUAAAGAUCCUGAGAUUGCAUCAAAAGCUGAAUGUUCCCAUGUCAAACUUCGUUCAAGAAAGUCCUCACGGGAAGAGAGAGAGAAGGAGAGGUCACAUUUGGACUCCAUGGUUCUUUUAUUAAUGAAGUUGGAUCAACUGGACCAGGAGAUUGAGAAUGCUCUUAGCUCCUCCCUCAAUGGCACGCCCAACCUCAAAAGGCGCAUCAUCUCUGAAGUUGAUAUAGAAAUACUGGAUUCAUCAGGAAGUCUUUCAGCCUCUUCCCAGUCUUUAAGCACUCCAAUAUAUCGCUCUUCAUCAUCACUGUCUUCAUCAGGACCUUCAGGAAUAUCCGGAGCAAGACCAAAGAAUGAGAGCUUUGCCGUUUCUUUUGAAAAAGACAGAGCAGAAAUUGAAGCAACUGAGGCGUGUACAUGGCUGAGAGCUGCAGGUUUUCCACAGUAUGCCCAGCUGUAUGAAGAUGGUCAGUUCCCUAUUGACAUUUCCUCUGUGACCCGAGAUCAUGACUUUCUGGAUCAAGAUGCCAUAGAAGCUUUGUGCAGGCGACUCAACAACCUCAACAAGUGCGCUCUUAUGAGAUUAGAGAUCACUCCUCAGAGAAAGAGGAGUGAGGAUUCUGAUGAGGAUGAGCCAUGUGCCAUAAGUGGCCAUUGGACUUUCCAGCGGGACAGCAAGCGUUGGUCUCGCCUAGACCAGCUGGACCUGGAUGUGUUCUCUCCUCCGGCUGGAGACAAAAGCUCCUUCACUACCUUCCUAUCCCAAGAUGAACGUUUUACCAGAGGACCCCUUCUUAAAGAGGGAGUUAAUGUCAGUUCUGAGAGCGUCUUAACAGACCUUAGUGAACAGCCAGAGGUGGGUUCUCUGCACAGUGCUGGUAGUGGAAGUCGGGAAGGAUCCCUGAGUACCACUGUACCAUCCAGCCCUGCCACGACCAUAUCUAACGCUAACACAGCCACCACAACAAGGGCAAGCUCAGUUGCUAGCGUAUGUUCUUCUGGGACUUCAGGUGCCAACGAAGACUCCCUGUCUGAUGGGCUGCCUUCUCCAUUGGAUCGUGGUACCUUUGCGUUUGAGGUAAAACCCAGCUUGAUAACUAGUGCCGCUGAAAAAAGCACACGUUCAAGAGCAAAAAGCUUCUUGAAGCGCAUGGAAAGCUUGCGGCUACGCAGCAGCAGCAAUGCGGCAUCCAAACGCAAGAAGAAAGGUCAAGCUGGACAAGGUAGGCUGGAGAUCAGUGGGCCAGUGCCAAAGGAGGGUCUUGACGAAGACAAACUGCGGCGCCUUAACUGCGUCGACAUCGCAACUCUGGAUCGCAAUGGUAACCGAACCAGAAGCAUCUCCUAUUCAACACAGACAAGUAGCGGGAGUGCAGGGAGUAGCCAGUCAGAGGCCAGCAGUGGGAGUGCUGUAAGUACACCCAGUCCGGUCUCAAGAGCACGUAGUCAUAGCACGGCUGCUGGGUCUACAAAAAGAGGUGGAAUGUACUUGGAAGGCUUUGACCCUUUUAAUUUUGUUGUGUUGCAACGUUCGGAAGACCAGGAUGAGAAGCGGCACCACCAGAGUAAAAGGUUGGAGCCCAGCACAACUGCAGAGAAUAACCGGCACAACCGUGAGAGGUUGGACAAUAGACAAAUGAAAGACGAGGAGAGUAGGGUAGAUGAAGGAGGUGUGAUCUUCUUCUAUUUGCCUGAAGGCCACAAACCUGGCACUUUUCCUAAAGCACUUGCAGAUGGGGCAUCUUAUUGUAGUGGUGAUAACAUAUGUCGUCGUCCACCACCACAGAGGGGCUCUGUUGCCUCAGUAGACAGUCGAUUGAGCAUCUAUGACAAUGUUCCUUUCUCAGAAGUUGGAGAUGAGGAUGAGGAAGGAGAAGAAGAGCCAAAACUGGAUGAUGUGUUAGAGCGGGUCAGUGGCCUUCAAGAAUUGGUAAAUGCCUGGUCAGAAACCGGAACUGGUGAAGAGGAGGAAGACGAAGAGGAAGAAGAAGGGGAUUCAGAUUCAGCCCUUGAUUCUGCAUCUCCCUGUCCAUCAUCCCCACUGCAGAACCACUUAGAAGAGAACUGCAGCGAUCAAGACAGCACUGGAAACCCACUAACAGAAAGGGACGAGACACUCAGUGGACGCGAGAGAUGUGACUCUGGCGUGGGAGCAUCACUUACACGAACCAACAGACCUCAGAAGCUGCGGUGGCCAAGUUUCCAAACCUCCCACAGGCCAAGUCUGUCGUCAACAGUGUUACAAGUUGGAUGUCAGUCAGUUCUGCAGAUGAACCUCCUUCAGAAAUACAGCCUGCUCAAACUUACUGCUCUACUAGAGAGAUACACACCCACCAACAAACACGGCUUCAGCUGGGCUGUCCCUAAAUUCAUGAAGAGGAUCAAGGUUCGAGAUUACAAGGACAGAAAUGUGUUUGGAGUUCCUCUGCAGGUGAUAGUUCAGAGGAGCGGACAGCCCCUGCCCCUGAGUAUCCAGCAAGCCAUGCGUUACCUACGGAGCCAAUGCCUCGACCAGGUUGGGCUCUUCAGAAAAUCAGGGGUGAAAUCGCGUAUCCAAGCCCUUCGCCAAAUGAACGAAUCAUGCUGCGCCAGUGGCGGCGGAGUUAACUACGAGGGUCAGUCCGCUUACGAUGUGGCCGACAUGCUAAAGCAGUACUUCCGAGACCUUCCAGAGCCCCUGCUUACCAGCAAACUGUCCGAUACUUUCCUGCAGAUAUAUCAAUACGUUCCCAAAGAACAGCGUCUGCAGGCGGUGAGGGCCGCAGUGUUGCUGUUACCCGAUGAGAACCGCGAGGCCCUGCAGACUUUGCUGUGUUUCCUGAGUGACGUGACUGCCUGCGUGGACGAAAACCAGAUGACCUGCACCAACCUGGCCGUGUGCCUGGCUCCUUCUCUCUUCCAUCUCAACACGCUGCGGAGGGAGAGCUCUUCACCCAGGGUUAUGAACAGAAAAAACACCCUGGGGAAACCCGACCAAAAGGACCUGAAUGAGAACCUGGCGGCCACACAUGGAUUAGCGCACAUGAUACAGGAGUGCAGAAAGCUUUUCCUGAUCCCAGAGGAGAUGUCACGCUGUAGGAACUCUUACAUGGAACAAGGCCUGAGUCCCAUGCGAAUGGAGUCACUCGUGGAAGACUGCGACCCAUGUGACUACAAGCGUCUGCUCAAAGAUGCUAUGGACGCCCUGCUGAAAGAAGCCAAGGACAAGUUCAAAGGUUACGACACAUGCUCGACUCCUGAAAAUGCUGAACUUUCGUAUAAGAAGGUCCAGGACGGAUCUUCUCUGCGGCAGUGGAAGGUAUGCGUUGACGUGCCCGCAUCGGCGGAAGAUGUUCUACAACGAAUCCUCCGGGAGCAGGAACGUUGGGAUGAGGACCUGCUUGAGUGCAGGAUCGUAGAGACACUGGAGCAAAACGUGGAAGUCUAUCAGUACGUCAGGAACUCCAUGGCGCCUCAUCCACCAAGGGAUCACGUGGUGCUCAGGUCUUGGGAAACGGACCUGCCUAAGGGAGGGUGUGCUUUGGUCUGCAUGUCGGUGGAACACGAAAGUGCAGCAACGUUGGGUGUUCGCGCAAACGUUAUGACCUCUCGCUAUUACAUCGAACCUUGCGGGUCCAGUAAAAGCCGGAUUACGCACAUCUCCAGAACAGACUGCAGGGGUCGCUGCCCUGAAUGGUACAAUAAGCUGUAUGGUCACAUGUGCGCCGCUGAGGUGGUGCGGAUACGAGACUCUUUUACGUGCCUGGACAAAUGAACACACACACCUGGAGUGUGCAUCGUGUCAUUUCUCCUAUAAGCAAACUCUUAUUUUAAAGAGAAACAUCAUGAAGAUUCCCCUUGUUGAACUCCCUCAACAAACAGUCUGAGCCCUAUAAUGUAAUGGCAGACUAAACCUACAAGCUACUAAGGUCAAAGGUCGUGCUAUUGUGGUUGCCAUAGCACUCAGGAAAGCGAUCAGGCAUGCGUGGCGCUAUGACAUCAUCAAGUUCAACCUUGUUAAUAAUUAUGUCAUAGCGUGACUGCACGAAAUGGGAGGUGCUAUUGCUUCUGAGAAGCAAGUAUGUGUGUGUGUGUAUGUGUUUGACAUCGUAUGUUAAAGUAUGUGUGAUUUACGACGCAAGUGUGAAAAUUGACAAAUGAGACAAAUUCCAUGCACUGGCACCCUGCUGCAAUCUAGUGUUUAUAUCUGUUUCUGUGUGUGUAUAUGUAAGUGGUAUUGUGUUUUCAUUCGAGAGAAUGCGCAGAUGAAUGGAUGGACGAAUAGAUGUUUGUCUAUAGCAAGGAAAGAUGGCGGUGGCUGGGACACCUUUGAAAAGAGCAAGAAGCGUGUGUGUGAAAGAGGAAAAGACUUGUGCACGUAGAUACUGUUUAACAGCUUGGAGGGUUCCAAACCAAAGCGAAGACCAAUACAACAAUGGACCAAUUCUUCAAUGUAGCCCACUUUAAAUCUUAACCAUGUUUCCGUCUUCAUCCCUUAAAAGAGCGAGUUAUAAAGUUGAGCAAUGAGAAAAUGGCUUUUUUGUUUGGAGGUUACAGGUUUGACUACAGGAGAGGCCACCAGGCACAGCAAUUUAGUCAAACUAGAGAUGGUAGAGAAUGUAUGAUGAUGAUGUUUGUUUGUUUGUCAGUGUUAAUCAGAAAUGAAGUAAACGUCUAUAAUAGAGCAACAAAGAGCUUGCAUUCACACUCAUAACUAUAGCCGGGCUCACAAAGCAGAUCAUAACAGAAGUGCUUCAUUUUACACUGAACGCAUUAAUAAGAAACACUCUUUGUCUGAUCUUGAAUCAGUUUUAGAGAGGCUGCAUCCUGACCAGUGUGUUCAGAAAUACGCAACACUUCUUUAUGAUGUGCUUAAUGGGUUUGACAUCCAUACUAGAUUUACUACUUAUGUGCCUGUACAUGGCAGUGUAUUAUAAAUGUGUAAAUUGCGUAUGCUGCCAAACCAAGAAUAACGCAUGACAAUGAGUUUAAUUUAAGCCUCUCUGUAUUUAUAUCACUCAUAUCAUGUUUUUGUAUGUAUCUUAUUUUAUUGUAAAUGUAACACUUUAAGUUACAGAAAUGAGAAAAUCGUUUAUCUUUUUUAUUAAUGUUAUUUCUGUACAGAUUAAUCGUGGUCAAAAUGCACUAUUAAAUGUAUUAAAACAA